AUGCACCGUGCCCUGAAGAGUUGGACCCUUUGGGCCCUUGGUGUGGCGGCACAUCUUGAGGAGGAGUGCCAAAGAUACUUGAGAGUGAAAGGAUUUGCGGAUCCAAUUGAUUUGGCCAAUGCCUUGAGCUUGUUGGACAGCCCAGUGCCCUGUGCCGAGAACAAGACGGCGCAGAUCCUUUAUGCUCCAAACCCUGAACCGAGCAUCCCAGGUGCGACAGACACCACCAGCUUGAGCUGCCGCUAUGGCAAUCCACAAAUGUGGCAGCAUUGCGGAGUUUGCUGUGGCUUGCGCCCGCACUUCAACUGGGUCAUAGCCACAUGUGAGGAAACCCAGGGCACUGGCCAGUUUUGCUCGGGCCUUCCGCGAUGUCUCAUAGACGGCUCGCCGAAGAUCAAUUAUGUGGCUGCCUAUCAGUUUGAUGGGGAGCAUUUUGUUUUGAUGGAUGAGUCAACUGCAGGGGAGCUCGACACCGAAGGUGUUGCUGGCAACUACUGGCAGGGAACUGGCUUCUCCGCGCAGAACCAGUCCUUCCGGUGGAGAGGAGGAGUGACACCACCAGCAGGUUUGUGGAUCCUGAGUGCAGAGAAUUUCUACUAUGGUGCCUUCUACAUGCUGUCACAGCUCAACCUGAAUUUGGAAGGGCAAGGUCUUCCCACAGGUACGAACUGCUGGAUGUGGGAAUUGGAUCCAGUGGAGGGCACUGCGGGUUGGGAGCCUGGCAAGCCUUUGCCUGGUAACCUCAACAUGGCCUACAGCACAGAGAAUGCCCAAGCAAGUGGUUGCAUGCCCAUUUCGUACACUUCAAGACAAGCAAACGGUAUGCGCUCCGAAUUCAAGUUUCCCGAAGCCUUCCGGAGCUCAUGUGCAAGCAAGCCUGAUCAGCCAGGCUGCAGGCCAUGGCGAGAAACCAUCCACUGGGGUGGAGGCCGGGAAGGCACCCAAAGAUUUGAAAACCUUUGGGAUGAGCCCUACGUCUUCGCGGUGGUUGUAGAUGCCCAGGGUUACUGGAUCUACCGCUGGCGGCCGACUGCAUACGCUGGUGCUCCUGACCCCAGUGGAGUAAAGACUGGCUGGACUGGAGUGGAGCGUUUCAAAGCGCUGCGAAAGCUGCCCGCGCGACCCUCCCCCGUGCGAGACGUUCGAGGCUUACGGACGGAUGUGCCUGGACACGUGGCCGAGGCAGUGGUUUUGCAACCGAGCCUUUCAACUGAGGCGACCUGCUUGAGAUCCUCCGUGGAGGAGGUCACCUGGCAAUGGGGUACCGAUGCUCUAGCUGCAAUGGCUCAACAACUUGGGGAAGCUGGUCCCGGUUCCAGAUUUGAAGGAACUCAGAAUUGGUGGUCCAGUUUCACGGACACUUUGCAGUAUGCCAACUAUCCUGCUUCGAUCAUGGGACUAGAGGCUCGCAACAUGACGGAAGCUUUGAAUUGCAAUACGGGCAAGACUUUUACUUGCUCUUGUGCAGCAAGUGAAGAGCAAACAUUCUCCGCGCCCGAUGUCUACGUGUAG